AUGGCUUUCCUGCUUUUCUCUGCGUGCCUACUGGGCCAUUUGACCUCAGCUUCGAGCUUGAGCUACCACGUCCCUGAACGACCGCCGACCAAUUCCAGCGGGCCCUUGGCUGCAGCCCCCGUGGGUGUCUCGAUGGAAUUCUUCACGUUCCCAGCGUACAUGACCGACGUCGCCGCUACCAAGACUUGUCUAGCCAAUCUGCAGGAGUUGACGGGAAUUUGGCCACCUCUCCGGAUUGGAGGCACAACCCAGGACCGUGCCACAUAUAAUGCCUCGUCCAACCAGGCCGUGACCUAUUCGGUCUCUAAUCCGAGCGAUGCGCCCAUGACGCUUACCUUCGGACCGCCCUUCAUCUCCAUGGCCGCCGACUACCACGGAGAAACGAUCGUAGGCCUCAAUCGCCGCCUGGAUAACCUGUCCAACACCAUCGCGGCUGCGACACUGGCCUACGAUGAGAUGAAAAAUCUAUAUGCCAUUGAGCUAGGCAAUGAGCCAAAUUUCUACACAAGCAGCGAUCCGAUUGCUGAUGGCAAGGCUUGGUCUCCCGCAGCAGACUACGCGUCCCAAAUCUCCUGGCAGGAUGCUGUGUGCGGGAAUUUGUCCACGUCCGAUCUGAUCUCCGCGGGUGUUUACUUUGGCACCGAGCCGAUGAAUAUCGCCGGACUGACAGCUGAGGAGGGUGCGGCAAAUGCCUACGUGAAAGACUACUGCUCUCACAACUAUCCGCAGUCUGCCAGCACGGCGGAUCUUGCCAAACUGAUGGGCCACAGCGACAUAGCAUCACAAAUUAAGCCCUUUGCGUCUGAGUAUGCGGCAGCGGCAGCCGAGAACAAGCCUUAUAUCUUCGGCGAGACCAAUUCUGCAACUGGAGGCGGUGGUGGUAUCAGCCCUACCUUUGGGGCUGCUCUGUGGAUCUUGGACUAUGUGAUGCAGUCCGUGAUCAUGGGCGUUAAGCAACUUUAUUUCCACCAAGGCACGAUUGGAAACUGCCAAUACUGCUGGUGGGGCCGUUACGAUAUGGGUGCCCCUUACUAUGGUGCGUACUUGGCGACAAUGGCGCUGGCAGGUGCAGAGCAAAUUGCCCCGCUGGACAGCCAGGAUACCGCGUAUGCUGCCUAUGCCAUCUAUCAACACGGUAUUCCGGUCAAAGUCCUUCUCUACAACUCCGACUACUACACUAGCGGCCUCCGGCCCUCGCAGACAUUCACCUUGUCCGGCAUCCAAACCCAUGCCGUCAGCGCCAAACGACUGACAGCCCCCUAUGCCACCUCUCGAGUCGACCUUGGCGAGAAUCCGACUGUUGCCGGCCUAACAUUUGAGAAUGGGACCUGUGCCAUUCAGGGCUCGGAAACGGUGGAAGUAACCACCGUCUCUAACGGGCAAGCGUCCUUCACGGUGGGUGCUUCAGAAGCCCUUUUGAUCUAUCUCCAGGAAGCGGACAACUGCUUUCGGAGAGUCUGA